GCCACGGCUGGAUCCCGUUCGAAAAUCGAUGGAGGUAGCGAUGAUGAGAUACUGCGAUGCCGCUUCUCCCGCAGCAGGCCGUGCAGACCUCGCGAUCACGGCGAAGGGAAUGCGCAGAUGUUGGACAACCAACAGGGCGCUGAUCACCACAGGAGGCAUCCUUGUCCUCUCCAUUCCCCGAGGCAGUGUACUGCAUAUCUGGCUCAUGUGUGCGGGCGCCGCGCUCACACCGUAUGGUACGUACGCGAAUCGAUUGGGCAGCAAUGCAGUUCCCCACCGCGGCAGUUCUUCUGCACUUGGGCGCUCUCGUGCCCGUGGCAACGGCCGCCGCGGGCGCGGGCGCUCAGUCGGUGACUCCUGUGCAGAAGGUUAUCACGCUCAUGGAGGGCAUGAUGGAGCAGGGCAAGAAGGAGAAGAAGGCGGAGCAGGUCCAGUUCGCCGCCUACAAGCAGUUCUGCGAGGACACCACAAGUCUCAAGCAGAAGGCCAUCGCAGAGGCCAACGACAAGAUCGAGGUACUGAAGGCCGACAUCGAGAAGUAUUUGUCCGACGCCGAGCAGCUGAAGAAGGAGAUCGAGGGCCACGACGCGGACAUCAGCGCCUGGGACGGAGACAUGGCUGCUGCUUCCAAGGUGCGCCAGCUCGAGAAGGCAGACUACGAGACCCUGCACACGGACUACUCCGAGUCCGUUGGCGCCCUGCAGCGGGCGAUCGAGGUUCUCAAGAAGCAGGCCUACAACCGCCCGCAGGCCGCUUUCGUGCAGCUCGCGGACCUGAACGGCCUGAGCCUCAUCCCGCCAGAGGCCAAGAGGGCCAUUGCCGUGUUCCUUCAGCAGGACCCCGAUGCGGCCGCCGAGGGCUUGGAGGUCAGUGCCCCCGAAGCCUACGGGUACGAGUUCCAGUCAAAGGGCGUGAUCGAUAUGCUCGAGAAGCUGCUGGACAAGUUCAUCGCGGAACGCACCACGCUGGAGAAGACGGAGACGAAGACCCAGCAGGAGUUCGAGAUGUUGAUGCAGGACCUGGAGUCCUCCACUGCGCAGUCCAAGCAGGACCGCGAGGAGAAGGCGGAGCUGAAGGCGAAGGCCCUUCAGGCCAAGGCGGACGCGGAGGGCGACCUGACCGACACCACGACGACCCGCGACGCCGACCAGCAGUACCUCACCGACCUGGUCGCCACUUGCGAGCAGAAGGCCACGGACUUCGAGUCCAGGCAGACGCUCCGCGCGGAGGAGCUGGUGGCCGUCCAGAAGGCCAUCGACAUCAUCUCCACUGACGCCGUCAGCGGUAACGCCGAGAAGCACUUGGCAGCCACCGACGAGGAGAAGGCCGCCUACGGCCCUGCGUUCGCAGCCCUGCGCUCCGCCACCAGCAGCGAGUUCCAGGAGCAGGCCGCACGGUACCUACGGCAGCAGGCAGGCAGGAUCGGCAGCCGCGUGCUCUCCACGCUGGCCGCGCGCGUGGAGGCGGACCCCUUCAAGAAGGUGAAGAAGAUGAUCAAGGACCUCAUCACGCGGCUGAUGGAAGAGGCCAACGAGGAGGCCGAGCACAAGGGCUGGUGCGACACCGAGCUCUCCACGAACGAGCAGACGCGGAAGACGAAGACGCAGGCCGUGGAGACGCUGCACGCCGAGAUCGACCAGCUGCAGACCUCCACCGCCAAGCUCACCGAGGAGAUCGCGGAGCACACGAAGGCGGUGGCCGAGCUUCAGAAGGCCAUGGCGGAGGCGACCGAGCUCCGCAAGACGGAGAAGGAGAAGAACGAGGAGACGAUCAAGGACGCGCAGGAGGCGCAGACGGCCGUGGCGCAGGCGCUCACGGUCCUGAAGGAGUUCUAUGCCCGCGCCGCGGAGGCGACCGCGUUCGUGCAGCAGCAGCCGGAGCCGCCGCCCAUCUUCGAGAAGGCCUACACGGGCAUGGGCGGCGAGUCUGGUGGUGUGGUCAGUAUGCUCGAGGUCAUCGAGUCGGAUUUCGCGCGCCUGGAGGGGGAUACUGCCGCGGCCGAGCAGGCUGCCCAGCAGGAGUACGAGACCUUCAUCACAGACUCCAAGGUCGACCUGAUGGGUCAGCAGAAGGACGUCGAGCACAAGACCGCCAAGGUGAAGAGCGAGAAGAAGGCCCUCGUCGUGAAGGCGGCCGACCUGGAGGGGACCCAGAAGGAGCUCGACGCGGCCCUGCUGUACUUCGACAAGCUGAAGCCGUCGUGCAUCGACGCCGGGACCAGCUACGAGGGGCGCGUGGCGCGGCGAGAGGAGGAGAUCGAGUCCCUCCAGACGGCCCUCCGGAUUCUGAACGGCGAGGACAUCUGAGGUGCCCCCCCCGCAUUCGCCGUUGGAGCGUCGCCGAGGUCUGGGGGGCCGCGGGGUCCCGCUGGGACCACUGCGUCGUGGCCAACUCGUUUGGCACAGCGGGUAGUCAGCCCACGCGCCAAAAUAGACGUCCAGAGGGAGCCUGAC